AUGACGUCUUUAACGUAUUGGCGGGAGUCAAAUAUCUGGGACAUCAGGAGAACAUAUUCACCUUUGACCUACACCACUUCACCUCUGACCCCUCGGUACGACGGAAGAAAACAGCCCGAGCGCCGGAUUUUACGUGAGGAGAAAAACGUCAUAGGAAGCAGGCUGAACAUGGAAAAGGACGGACAUGGGUCUCCCACCGGAGUUGCUCUGAGCUGCUACAAUGGGUCUCGCGCCGAGGUUUCUGGGAUCAAAGGCGAGAACAAAACAAGCAGUGAUGAAGACCAGACGGCAGCACAGAACGUCAACUUGAAUAACACCGGUGAAAAACCCGACAAGUGUGGCCAGUGCGACUAUUCGGCAGCACAGAAAAUCAUUUUGGACAACCAUAUAGCAGCUAAACACAGUGGUGAAAAACCCUACAAGUGUGACCAAUGCGACUAUUCUGCAGUACAGAAGGUCCAUUUGGACAACCAUAUAGCAGCAAAACAUAGUGCAUGUAAACCCAAUUUGGACACGCAUGUAAAAGCAAAACAUACUGGAGACAAACCCUACAUGUGUGGGGAGUUGCGGAAAUCUUCAUUAGAUUAUCACCUUAUGAUACACACCGGAGAUAAACCCUACACGUGUGGAGAGUGUGGUUACAGGACGGCGCAUAAGGCCCUCUUGUCCAAACACUUGAGAACUCACACAGAAGAGAAACCCUACAAGAAACACACGGAUGAGAAACCUUACAAAUGUAAGCAGUGUGACUAUUCAGCAGCACUGAAAGCCGUUCUUGACUACCAUAUAAUAGCGAAACACACUCAUGAUAAACCCUUUAAGUGUGAUCAGUGUGACUAUUCUGCGGCACGAAAAACCCAGCUUGACUUACACAUGGCAGCAAAACACACUGGCGAGAAACCCUACAUGUCAGGGAAAUCCACCCUUGACUUCCACAUCGCAUCAAAACAUAAUGGUGAAAAACGCUUCAAGUGUGACCAGUGUGACUAUUCUGCAGCACAGAAAGGUACUUUGGACAACCACAUGGCAUCAAACCACACUGGUGAGAAACCCUACAUGAGGAUCCAUACAGGUGAAAACCCCUACAAGUGUGAGCAGUGCGACUAUUCCGCUGUAAGGAAAGGCACCCUUGACAAACAUAUAGCAGCAAAGCACACCGGUGAGAAACCCUACAUGUGUUGGGAGUGUGGGUACCGGGCAGCUUACAAGUCCAGCUUAUCCCUUCAUAUGAAAACUCAUACAGGGCAAAAGCCAUAUAAGUGUGACCAGUGUGACUUUUCAAACCCUGAUGACUCCCCUGCACAGAAGUCCUAG